UCCAUCCCCAUGCCCCGGACCUUACCAAGCUGUUCCUGUCCCCAGCAGCCCCACGCUGUCCCUACGCAUCCCGCCGCAGUCCCCAAAAGAGGCUCCCGGGCUGCUCCGGGCUGUAUCUCAUGAUGGCAGCAAGCCCCAGCCAGGCUCUGCCCCGUCAGCACCCUACAACUGCCUGCAGGUGUGGGGGCACCGCAGCCCCGAUUAACCCUUUCUCUCCUUGGGGAAGCUGAGGGGUGGGGUUGGAACACGGCAAGCCCUCACGUUCCUUCCUAGGAGACCCCCAAACAGAAGCAGCCAGACCCAGAGUCGCUACCGGACAUGGAGCCGCCAGCCCCGUGGCAGCCGCCCCGCGGCCACCAGCGCCCCCAGGCACCCUGGCCCCUUCAGCCAUUCGUCCUCAUCGAAAACUUCUACCCUGCAGGCUUGCCUAACCCCAAGCUGGAGCACCCCUUCCAGGCACCCCCAGCUGUGGUGGCACCCGGCAUGCCCCGGGCCCCCCCCCCAGGUCUCCAGAUGGCUCCGUGCGGCUGCUUCUUCGACCCCCGCGUCUUCCGCAUAGAGUGGACCACCACCAACCUCCCCUCGCCAGCCACCUUCACACCCGUCACCUCCGCUUCGCAGCCCCGCGCUGCCCCACGGGGUCCCCAGAGCUGCGGGGCCCCCCCAGCCCCGGUGCCCCCCUUGCGGCUCUUCGUGCCCUAUGACCCUCAGGGGAGAGUGGCAGUCCCUGCCCCCCCAGUGCUGCCACCAUCCCUCCCCAGCUUCCAGCACCUGGAGGGGCAGCUCCGGCAGAUGAAUCUCUCCAGCACAGCUGUCCCCACAGGGGCACCCAUGGGUGGGGGCAUCCCCCUGGGCAGCAAUGUCCCUGAGGGCAGCAGAAUCCCCCUGAAUGGUGGCAACCCUGCUGGUGGUGACACAGCCCUGGGCAACUCCGUCAUUCCUCAUACCCAAGCAAUGGGGGAUGCCCCAGAGAGCCCAGACAUGUCGCUGCCUGAGGAGGUGCUGCUGGAGGAGGCCAUGAGGCUCUUUGACUGUUCCCUGGGGGCAGGGGCGGGGAGCCAGGACAGUCCCAGCAGUGUCCCCAUACCCGAGGACCCCAGUGUCACCAACAGCUCCAACCCCUGCUACGACAUCAGCUCGCUCUUGCUGCCCGAGGAGAUGCUGUCCUCUGACUACAGCAUCCCUGAGGCCUCCAAUGCCAUCCUGAGCAUGGAGCACCUUGAGGAGAUUGGGCUGAACCCGGAGGAGCCGCAGUGGGACCUGCCAGUACUGCCGUCACCACAGGACAACGCACUUCAUCCCAACACCACGCUGGAAAAGCGAGGGAAAAAGCGGCGUAACAGAUCAUUGCCAAAAAAAGGCAGCAAGCGCAAAGCCUCCGCAACCAGCGCUGGGGUGGGAGGGCAGCACUAAACCCAUUGUAGGGGUGGGAGGGACAGGGAGAGAGAUGAAGGGGAUAAGGAUGUAGUAGGUUAGCUUUUGUCUUCUUUUUUUUUUUCCCUAUUAAAAGUUAAUUAUUCAGAACUGUAUGGGACUCCAUGCCUGCGAGGGUGGAGGAAAUGCAGAGGCACCAGGAAAUGGCAAAGAGGUACAAAAUCAGCACUGAGCCCCAAAUGAGAGCCACUAAGCCAUCCCCAGGAUGAAGCCAUCACCAGCAAGGCAGACAAAUGUAGCAGGUAGCCCCCAGUCCCUUUGGGGGGGCUCUUUGGUGGGACAGGCCAGGACAGACAGGUCCAUGCGGGACUCACAAACACAGCCCCACAUGGGAAGUAGCAUCCCCAGCCCCACCCUGAGCCCCUGGAAUGAGGACAGGGGACAAAAAAUGCUGUACUGCCUUCACCUUGAGCACAGCCAGCAUCCCCUCUCAUAGGGGCAGGGUCAAUACAAAGCCCUUAUAAACCUCAAACUAAUUCCCAUUCUUGGGUCCCACCAGACUCAGCUCUAGAGCCUGGCUCAUCCUCACUGCUGCAGGAAAAUAACCCCCAAAUGACCCAAAGAAUGGCAAGGG